AAUUGUAGGUGAUGAUGAUGGAGGAAAACCCUUUACUCCUGAGGAAUAUGAGGAGUACAAAAGAAAAAUAUUACCAGUUCGAUUACAGAACAGGUUGUAUGUGAGCUGGAGGUCACCCACUGGCAUGGACUGUAAACUUGUGGGACCAGAGACACUGUGCUUUUGUACUCACCGGUAUAAACAGCACAAAACAGACUAUGAAGUGCUUCCCAAAGCCCGUCCCAUCGGUGUGCCGUGCAGGGUGAGGCGCUGCCCGUGCCGCUCCUACCACUAUGUCCCUCGCAAUGGCUCUCAGCCCAUCCGCUGCAGGUGCAAACACUUUGCUGAUCAGCACAGUGCGGCGCCUGGAUUUUCGUGUAACUCUUGUUCCAAGUGUUCAGGCUUUCAUAGCUGCUUUACCUGUGCGUGUGGUCAGCCAACAUAUGCUCAUGAAACAGUUGUGGAAACUAAAGAGGAGCGCUUGGCCCAAGGGAAGCCUGUGGGGCAGGAUGUUCCUUACGCCGCUAUGGGAGGACUGACCGGGUUUAGCUCACUAGCAGAAGGCUACAUGAGACUCGAUGACAGUGGAAUAGGUGCUCCUUCUGCUGAACUUUUAGAAGCCCCUGUUACCAGCAUGGAUCAUCCAUUUCUAAAAGCAUUUCAGGGGCCUUCCAGUUCCACUCAAGCCAUCUCAGAGAUAGCAGGUAGUUCAAGUGCCACAGGGCAAGUUUCUCAUGGAAGACAUUCAGAAGCUGAUGACAUGGCUUACUUUGAAAAACGUUACCAAGAACGGCUGAAAGAGGAGAAAGCUGCUAAACGGAAAGAGAAAAGUCCAGUGCCGUCAAAGAAGCCGUGAGAUUAAUAAAUAAAUAAAUAUUUACGACACUGUUC